AUGUUUUCUUUAGAAAAUCAGACAAUUCUUUCUCUCCCUUCUUCUGUUUCUGUUCAUAGUUCACCUGUUCAUUCUUCUGGUUUAUUAAAUUCGCCUCAACAACAACAACAACAAUAUUGGUUUUGGUGUUUAGAUGAAAAAGAGAAGUUUUUCAAUGUUUGUGAUUGCCAUCUAAACAAUGCAAAACAUUUUGAAAUUAUUUCUGAAACGAACAAAAAAUUGUUUGUUUCUGAAAUUAAAAACAUUUUAAAUGGACAACAAUUAAUUUCUCAUUUAAAUCAACAACAACAUGGGGUUGGGAAGUUGUACAAGAAGAGUCAGAAUAUUUUACGGUUGACCAAUUAUUAA